AGGGAGGGACUUAGGCAGGAGGACAAUGCUUGUGUAUGUGCAACGGCCCCUGAGCGGUGGCUGGCUCUCGCAGAUCACUCUUGCUUGACUACUGUUGCUGCACACAUUGUUGAAGUGAAAGGAAAGAGGACAGCUUGAUCCUGCUUGUGGGAUGCACUGACAGGGGGGACUAGUGUGAAUGGAGCGGAGCUGAAAGAAAGUUUCACAGAGCGGCUCAGUGAAAGGCAUGUGCAGAAUGUGACUGACUGGGCUCUAGAAAUGCAAAGACUGAGCUGUAAGAAGAGAGGGAUCCAGAGGAAUGGUUAGAAAGAGGAGGAUGGUUGUGGUGGAAGAUAAGAACUGAGGACAAAUCAAGAGAAUGGUGUCAAAACUAAGACAGAGACCACUGGUAUUCCUGUGUGGCACAGUGGAGCAGGAAGACUGGCCAGAGAACACCGGUUAAGCUCAGGUGGUGGGUACCACAUUACAUCGGAGAGGAACCCUAUUGGUGCCCCACUGUGGAAGAACAGACACCACAUUGAUACCACAGAGGUGGCAAGCUGCAUUUGUGCUGCAGACAGGUGGGCCGGUAAGGGUACGGUGGUGGUGACACCUUUGGGCUGAGCUGGUGUGCCGACAGGAGGAGGAGGAGGAAGAAAACCGUCGUGGGCCUGGAGCCCAAUGAGAGAUAGGAUGGCCGAGCAGAAAGUUAGCCUCCCUUCUAAGCUGAUUAAUGGAGGCGUGGCAGGGCUGGUGGGUGUGACCUGUGUGUUUCCUAUUGAUCUGGCCAAGACCCGCCUACAGAACCAGCAAGGUGCCCGAGUCUACACCGGAAUGCUGGACUGUUUGACGAAGACAGUAAAGAUGGAAGGCUACUUUGGGAUGUAUCGAGGUGCAGCAGUGAAUCUCACUCUUGUCACACCAGAGAAAGCCAUUAAACUGGCAGCAAAUGAUAUCUUCAGACAGAAGCUCUCCAAGGACGGGAAGUUGCCCCUGUGGGGGGAGAUACUGGCAGGAUGUGGGGCGGGGACCUGCCAGGUGAUAGUGACCACACCCAUGGAGAUGCUCAAGAUCCAGUUGCAGGACGCAGGAAGGUUGGCUGCCAUAAAUAGAGUGGUCCAAGCACGCACUGCAGCGCCUGGUCCAGCUCCUUGUCCACUUCCUCCAGCCCAGCCUGCCCCUCUACCUCGGACCACUGCCGUCCGUAUCACCCUGGAGCUACUGAAGACACACGGCCUGCCUGGCCUCUACCGGGGAGCAGGAGCCACACUGAUGAGGGAUGUCCCUUUCUCCAUGAUCUACUUCCCGCUGUUCGCCAACCUGAACGCGCUGGGCCGGGAAGGGCCGGGUAGCCAUGGAGACUUGCAGGAGCGGGCCCCCUUCCUGCAGUCCUUCACGGCAGGCUGCACAGCCGGGUCACUGGCAGCUGUAGCUGUCACACCACUGGACGUCAUAAAGACUCGUAUACAGACCUUGCAGAAGGGGGAGGGGGAGGACACAUACCGAGGCAUUGUUGACUGCACACGGAGGAUCUGGAGUAAAGAGGGCCCAGCAACAUUUCUCAAGGGGGCGACGUGUCGCGCACUGGUCAUCGCCCCCCUCUUUGGCAUCGCACAGGGGGUCUACUUCCUGGGCAUAGGAGAGCAGUUGCUAGGGCUACUGGGAUAGCAGCAGCAUGUGGCAGUGUCCUUUACAGUACAGAACAUACUGCUUCAUUUAGCAGUGAAAGUGAAUGGAGGGAGAGAGGAGAAUGUAUAAGCAGUGAGUACAUGGAGUGAGAGACAGAGGUCACAAUCAGCUAACCAAAGGAUGAAAAAGGAAGCGCAAGAUGGGGAGGUUAGCUGCUAACAUGGGAAACAUUACACACUAAUUAUGUUUGUCUACAUUUCUAAAGCAGGUUUCUAUAGGUUAAGCAGGGACUUAACCUCCACAUUGGCUUUCCACCCCCCAGUGAGUUGCUUUCCCAUCCGUGAGUUGUAAUCUUGGACUCCUCCUGUUAAUGCUUUAAUCCUAGUCUCUGUACUGUAACCCACUGAACAGCCAAGCUCCUCUCCUACAGGUUAGACUGCUGGGCCUGCACAGAGGUCUUACCUUCAUGUUCUCCACAACUCUGAGGCUCAGAAGCAAACCUCUUCAGAGAGCUAGCUGUAUUACUGUUACCUUAACCUUUUUAAUGCAUCGUUGAAUUACAUGUCAUGCGCACAAUAAAAAUAAUGCAAAUAA